AUGUCAGCACACGUGUUUAACGCCCGGGAAGUUAGAGAGACCGGCGCCGGGGAACAGCCCGGAGCGAUAUGGAGUAGGGAUUCCGAUUCCUACCUCCAGCUCCUGGCGUCACCCCUGGUGUCGCGAUCUCCAUCCCCGGGAAGUGUGGAGCACCCGGAGGAAAUUCCGGACAUAGAGCUCGAGGACGACCAGCCAAUGGCGGAGGCGGAGGGCGCGGCCGAGGUCAUCACCCUCUCCUCGGAGAGCGAAGAAGACGAUGACGGAGCCGAGACGGUCAAGCCGGAGGUGUCAUCGGACGAGAACGAGACCGCACGGAAGGCCAGGGCGCGGAUGGCUUACCGGAGCGUCCAGCGGGCUACGCAGGGCCAGGGACGGAUACGCCUCGGAGUCACGCUGUCGACCGAGGACCCGGUGGAAAUGAGACGGUUCAUGGAGGCACGGGUCGCCACCCUGCGGCGUUUCCAGCAAAUGUCACCACCACCGCCACCACCACGGAUGAUGGCGCCGCAGUCACCGCCACCGCCACCACCCCGGAUGACGGCGGCGCAGUCACCGCCACCGACACCACCACGAAUGACGCCAGCGCAGGCGCCGCAGCUGACGCCGCCGCGGCCGAAGCCGGCGUCGAUGCCGACACCACCACGGCCGCCGCACACGUCGUCGACACCACCGCCGCAACCUCGCACGCCGACUCCACCACCCCAGCAGGGGGAAUGGUCGCGGUAUGACAGGCAACAGGCGUGGGAGAUUCCGCAGGCCCACGUCGGCCAGGUGGUCCGCACGUUCGAGAUGGGCGGGCGGCUAUGGCACCAACAGUCGGUGACGUGGACGUGGCCCGCAUCGGUGGAGACCGAGGACGCGCCGGAAGCCCGGGCUUGGGAAGAGGCGGAAGCGAUCGGCUGGAGAACGCCGGACCAGGUGUCCCGUGAUCCGCGGUUGCGCGCCCGAGCAAGAGAAGCAAACCCGAAGAAGGAGGGCUCGACGGAGGAGAGCCCGGGAGAAGCAAACCCGGAGAAGGAGGAGUGGAGUUGGCCGGCGCCAGGCGAGGCGCCACCACCACCAAAGCUGCCGAGGCAGAUGUCGUGCCCGGAGGCGAGGCAACCGCCGCCCCGCCCAUGCCCCUGCAGGCAGGCGUCGCUUGACGGGCGGAAGUGGAGAGUGGUACCGACGGAAGACUGGCCGCCCCAGGUGGCCGAGGAAGCGGCUCGACAAGGAGCCCGGAAUCGAAGAGUGCACUGGGCCAAGUUGUUCGAACUGGGUGGCCAGCGCUACCGCCUUAAGGUACGGAGGGGCGGGGAGGUGAGAGUGACGGUCGCCGAAUAA